AUGUCUGUACCGUCGCACCGAACAUUAUUUUGUAGGUAUAAGGUGAACGUGGCAGCGGGCUCCAUCGAGUACCGCGGCGCAGAAAAAGUCACCGAUGAAACCGAUCAGGCGCGGAAAAAGAAAGUCAGCAAUGGAGACCCAACGAAGUCGAUGGUGAAAACCUUCAACCAAACAUUAACAAGUGUACUCAAGCAUUCUUGGAUAGUCGAGAGUGGCUUCGACUACGGGAAAGGACCCCUGGUUGUCAAGGCGAACGGCACCGGUGUUCUCAUGGAGGAUGACUCCACACCUGAAGUCAGCAACGACCAAUCCUGGGAUGUGGACUUAGCGACGGACAAGGAACAGUCUUACAACCGAACGGAAUGGGCUAAUUUCAGCUCAGUAGUCUAUACGAUUCCUCCGAUGAAAACGACGACAUUGGAGUGGACAAUCUCCAGUUGCACUCAGGAAGUUCCCUGGACAAGCGUCGUUACAGUCGGAGGAUUCUUUGCCGUGUGGUUCAAGACCAAGGUCAGCGGGAACAACCUCUGGUUCUGCCCGGUCACGGUACUCGAAGAUCCUCUCCUGGAGCAUGUCCGCCCUGAAGAACUAGAAUUUGUCGCGCGUGGUCGUUAUGAAGGCGUCCGUACGAUAGAGACACCCGCCAAAGUAGCGCCCGCGCCCGAGUAUGGAGGUCCCCAGAAUGUGUCCACGGUCGCUCCACCGGAUGUUUAUGAUUACGCGGAAGUCCAGUUGCCUCCGACCGGGAAACCUGAAGCCAAGAGGUCAGUAAACAACACUGGAGAUCAACCAGGUGACCCGGAGAACCAGCCCUUGUUUUUGACACCUCUCAUCGAGGCCGGCCGUCUGGACGAAGCCAAGUCCUUGAGCCGAGUGGGACCCCUGGGGGACGUGGACGAUGUGCCGAGCUACGCAGGAUUCCUCACCGUCCAAUCUGACAUGGGAAGCAACAUGUUCUUCUGGUUCUUCCCGGCCAAGGAGAGCUUGGAGAUUGCUCCUGUGAUCCUUUGGCUCUCUGGUGGUCCCGGAAGUUCGUCCAUGUAUGGUCUCUUCACGGAACAUGGCCCGUUCUUCGUGGACGAUGAUGGCAAUCCAAAACUUCGGGAACUCACGUGGACUAGAAGCUUCUCGGUGCUCUAUGUAGACAACCCAGUGGGCACGGGAUACAGCUUCACUGAGAAGGACCAGGGCUAUGCAAAUAACCAGACGGACGUGGGCCGCGACAUGCAUGAAGCCCUACAGCAGUUCUUCACGCUCUUCCACGAACUCGCGGACAACGAGUUUUAUGUCUGCGGAGACUCUUUCGGCGGAAAGUUUGCCGUCACCGUUGCGUACGCAAUUCACACGGCCGUCCAGCCCAGAGUACGAAUACACCUGAAGGGCAUCACAAUCGGGGAUGGUCUGGUGGAGAUGGAAUCCAUGCUGGACUAUGCGGACUACUUCUACCAGAUCGGUCUCGUAGACCGCAACCAAGCUGCAAUAUUUCGCCAUCUAUGCGACGAAGUCAAGCACGACAUCGAAAACGAGCGUUACGCCGACGCUGUCAAGAAAUUCGAUUCUAUACUUCCGUGUUAUAGAAAUACGACGUGCUACUUCAGGAAAGUUACCGGUUUCCAGAGCGACUUUAACUUCUUGCACACCGUGACGUCCAAGUCAAACGAAAACUUUGUAGAGUUUGUGCAAACCCCCGUGGUUCGUGGUGCUAUCCACGUUGGGAGCCUUCCUUUUCACUCGGCAUCAAUCGUUGCGUUUCAUCUCUUUGAGGACCUAGCAAAAUCCGUCAAGCCCUGGCUGUCUACCCUGAUGGAGGAGUACAAGGUGCUCAUCUACAACGGCCAACUGGACAUCAUCAUCCCGUAUCCACUUACGGCCAACAUGAUCUCAACCAUCUCGUGGUCGGGCGCCGAGGAAUUCAACGAUGCGCCGCGGAAGAUUUGGUGGUCUCCAAACCAGCAGAACGUCUCUGGCUACGUCAGACAGGUCGGCAAUUUUACGGAAAUAUUGGUGAGAAAUGCCGGACACUUGGUUCCCCAAGAUCAACCGGAAGUGGCCUUGGACAUGAUGACAAAGUUUAUUCGCAGACAGGUUUUCGUCCCGCGCUCUUUCGACGAGCGAACCAAUCACUUGCCAAUUAUGUUCACUGGCGAAUAG